AUGUCCGAAGAGAACCCCUCGCGAGAAGAUGACCAACACCAACAAGAUUCUUACCUCGACCACCUCCCAGGUACCGUAAGCUUGGGAUUCGAUGUUGCCGCCUACCCCCAUUCUUAUUCAAACUCCCCUCCGCCUCUCGACCCAAACGACCCCACCAUCUCCUCGGUCGCCCCCACCGCAGCUCCCUUCUCCCAAAUCCUCCCCCACUCCCGACGUCGCCCCGCUGGCCAGUUUCCGCCUUUACCAACCCCGCCCCGAGUGAGAAGUCCGUCAAAUACAAGAUCGUUCCUCAGCCGCAAUAACAGUCAACAAGAACAGGGCUUGGAUUGGAAUGAGUUCAGGCGGACCUGUUAUAAAGUGGCCUCUUUCGACGAGAUGGCGAGGGAUAAGGACGCGCCUGAAAUUUCUGAAAGCAGCGCUUUAGAGCGAAAUACAGCCUUCUCCAAUGCCUCCAUGCUCUACGCUAAAUGGCAUACCACCUGGUCUAAACCCCAAGAAUUAGACGGAGUCAUCAUCAGUGCUAUCUCGAACUGCAUGACAGAGCCUACCAAGGAACAGUUCUCUCUCAAGUGUGAUGAGGUGAAAAUGAAGGUUGAGAGCGCGACUGAGCUUAUCUCAAAGCUUCCCCCACCCUCCACCACGGAACCAGAGGGCGAUUUCUUCUGA